GACUUGAAAUAGAUGUCUUCAUUAUUCUUAUGGAAAUUGUGACAUGUAAACACUGCUAUUAUAUCAGCUGCCCACACUCCUGGUACCUGUUUGCUUUUUAUUCUCUAUUCUCACACUCGGUUAACAAGACCCCCGCACGCCACAAAAGACUUGUCACUUUUGAAGUUAUUCUCCCACGCUGUAUCUAGCCAGAAAAGCAAAUAGUCUCUAUCAUAGUACCACUCAUGAAUCCAUGUUAGCGGUUCAGCAGUUCCAUCUUGCUGUUUGGAUACACUACCUGGCCGCCUGGUUGGUCCUUCGGGGCAGGCAGCAUCUCUGCCCUUUUCCCUAAAGGUGAGGCGUUCAUUCUCACGAUCAUGUAGGUACCCUUGCAAUGGUCUUGUUUGACUAUAAACAUAACAUCAUUCUACUGCAACUUGCCGUUCAGCCCCUUCGUUUUACUUCACCCGAUGUACUCUAGCUUAUAAUAGGACUUGGUGCUAUCGCUCACACUGUCUGGGCCACUAUGUUGCCUGUCCUUCUCUUGUAUAAUGACAUAGAUAGUGGUGUGAAUAUUAUUGUGCCUCUCCCGAGGACAUAUAGUUCCCCUGCUUCUAUUAUUACACUAUCUCCAUCGUGAUCGCUAGUGGAUCUAGCACCACUCGCUAUUAUGUCUUACCUCAUGCCAGCACCAGAAUCUUUCUCGCCGUAUAUACCUCAACCUCAUCGUUAUUUUCAUUUGCCGAAUGCCAUUGGAAAUACCGGUGUUCCUCUUCCCCCUAGAAAUAUGAACAGUAGCCGCGUCGCCGUGGCUACGGAACUUGGUCUUAAGCCGAUUCAUUUAGCUUGCCUCUUAGGUGAUUACGAACAGGUUCUGAGGGAAUCAUGUAUACAGAUUGCUAUCGAUAUGCCUACGGAGCCGCAGAUGGGCUUGGAGUCGCGGUCGAAGGAGACGCCGAUUAAACUCGCAGCCCUAAUGGGUCAUCUCAAUAUCGUCGAGUUCUUCAUGCAGCGAGGCGCCUCAUUAGCCCACGAUGGUUUACAUGCUUCAGUUUAUGCUAAGGAGGAUGGACUCGCGAAACGGCGUAGGGUGUUCUUUCUGGAGGGGGUUAAAAUUGGACGGGAGCAUCCGGAUGCGGUUAAUACGAGGAAGACUAUUUAUGAUAUACUGUCUUCUCCUGGGCGGAGGAGUGUGCUUAAUGCAAUGAGAAGUACUCGAGCCGACCUCGGAUACCCCGACUACAAACUCGCCAAACAAGGUCGAUACAUCGCGAUCUACGCCCCCGUGCUCCGCGUCCGCACCGACAUAUACCUCGACCGGAGUAAAACAAUCGGCGUGUUAACAUCGAGCAAAGGCGACGGUGCGGUCCUCAUGACGGCGCAUAGCGGGUAUAAACCCGGUGGCGGGCGCGAUGAGGAUAAGUGUCUGGAUACGAAUCGCUGGAAUUACAUCGCGUUGCAUCAUAUCGCGGCACGGUUGAAAUUCGUGUUUCCCGGGAGUAAACAUGAUAAUGCGAGUAAAACGGCUAGUGAUGAGCAUCGCGGAAGAGCGCAUGCGGGGCAUGUGGAGGUGCUCCUGGCUUCGUGGUACGCGAUUGAGAUGGUGAAGAGGGAGUUUGGAGGUGAGAUUAGGGAGGAUGGGGUUGUGGAUGUGGAUCAGGAUUUGGAAUAUUUAUUGGAGAGGUUGAGGAGGUUGAAACAUAUUGAGUUGGGGAAUAAGCGCUCGGCGGUUAUUUUUAUUGAUUCACAGCCGUGUAAUCCGUGUCUGAGGUUUAUUAAUCGGCUUUUUCAACAUACGGGGUUGUGGUUUACGGUUCAGGGUGCGGCGGGGAUUGGGCCGACGUUGGCUACUAAGAAUGAUACGGGGGUUAGGUAUGAUACUUUUGGUGAUGUGUUUGAGGACUCAGAAGAUGAAGGAGAGGAUGAUCAGAUGAUGGUGCAAGAGGAAGAGGAUGAGGUUGAUGCUAUCGUUGGAUUAGGGGCUCCUGCUGAGAUUGAGGAGACUACGAUUAUGGCUACACUUCCGAAUCCGACUGGCAUACGCGAUACGACGGAGGGUGAUGAGACUAUAGCGCAAGCGGCAAGUGAGGCGUUUUCACGAAUAGCUAAGUCUCGAGCCCCAGUUCCAGAACCGGAAUCGGAUACCGAUCUCGAUACUGGCGACGAAUCGACACACCCUAAUACACCAAUCGCCGCUCCUGCGCGUGCGGAACUCGAGACUCCAAAACGUCCACGUAUGCAAUGGCCACUCCCAGAGAACCGAACACCCAGAACCCCUAAAACGAGAGGGGACUCGUGGGUCUUGGAUACGCCGUCACGGAAACCCGAGAAUCAUCUUGAGUUGUUGGCUGAGUAUAAGAAAAAGACGCCGGUUUGGAAUUUCCCAGGUUACGGGACAGGCUCCCAAUCCCAUUAUUUCCAACAACGGCAGCCACCUUACCCGCCACCUCCGCCGCCGCCGCAGCUACCGCGAAAUUUUAGGGCCCCUAUGGCACCCAUGGAUCAUGAACGGGUUGCUAGUGUGAGUGGGGAUGCGAUAAUCGUGGAUUUAACGAACGAUGGGGAUCCCCGCGAUGACUUCGUAUCCCAGCCUUCAAUGGCUGAGAAUGGUGUCCGGAUGAAUAAUCAUGAUAAUGGUACAUCGACACAAAACAGCGAGGGAUUCUCAUUUAGUAGUUUCGCGCCGGCCAUAUCUCGUGAGAGAGAUGACACAGGCGCAGAGCAGCAGCAGUCACCGCAGCCCCAAGCAAACCCGACGCAUCAACCCCCGGACGUCAUCAUGCACACCGACAGCGACGAGGACGCCGAGGGCGAAGAUGACGAUUACUACUACGUCCCCACGCAGCAAUGCACGCAACAAUCCCAUAUCAGUCCAGCUAAGCAAGCCCCACAAACCCAACAACAAGACGAAGACAAGGAAAACGUAAGCCUAAUAUCAACACCGUGCCCCGUCCCCAGCGCAGCAAAUCUAAUAGAACAAUGGCGAUACCAACCCCAACCUCAACACCGACCCCGGCUUCACCAACCACAAGCCCAGCAACCGCAACAGCACGCCGCUGUACAGUUCUGGAGUGGUGGAGGAUGGGUGAUGAAUCCAACUGAGAUGAAUUAUAGUAAACCAGUACCGGUGCCGGAGCCGUAUGCGGUGGGGCCUGUGGCUUCGGAUGAGGGUAUGAGAGGGAUGGAGAGGUAUGAGUAUACGACGAGGAAGAAGGGGAAUAUGUAUGCGGGACAGUUUGUGAGUCCGUCGAUUGAUGGGCCUUGUGAGUGGUCUUGAAGAUUGGGAUGACUAUUAUAGACUCUGAGAAGGUUUGGAUGAAUUGGGUGAUAUAGAAUUAGGAUAAUAUGAAAGAACGGAGAUUGGAAAAGCAUACCAUAAAAUGGAGAUAGGAGUCUGUUAACGCUGUUCAUUCAUUUCCGUAGUGCAAUGCUCGAUUUGCGGCAUGAAAGAAAUAGACAUCACGAUGCUUUGGUCAC